AUGGUCUCCAACGAGCAGCUCACCCGGGCUGAGUGCCUGGGUUCUGCACUGAGACAGCCAACAGGGAGAAUACAUCGGAUUGGAAAGAGUGGAACGGGCAUGGCCACUGAACCUGCAAAAUCAUUUCAGGUAUGCUGCCAGGUGGCUAUUAGCCAGCGAUUACUGCUAAGCACUGACGUUCCUCGUGAGGUGCAGCUCAACGGCGGGCGCGCGGCGCGAGGGCACCGGCGGAAUGCUCCCCGCUGCUACGUAAUCCCCCCCGGGACGCGGCGCCGCGCUCCGCUCGGCACCCCCCGCGCCGCGGGGCCGCCGAGCGGCGCUCCCAGCAGGGCGGCGGCGGCGGCAUCCCCGGCCCCGCGGGCAAUGGAGCCCGCGCAACAGCGAGCGAGAGAAGCCCCAUCGGCGGGCAGCGGGCGGGGGGAGCCGGAGAGCAGCUCCCCGGGCAGGAGGAGCCAGGCAGCUCCCGGCGCGGAGAGCGGCGUGGAGCCGUCGGGCGGCGGCGGGCAGCUGGACGGCAGAGGAGCCGGCGGCCCGCGGCGGAGGCGAGGGGCAGCCGGCGGCUUCGCUCCCCCCGCGGCGCUGGCGGCCGGCGGGACGCCGGCGGCCCCCGGCGGGGCCGGCAACGCCAACUCCCUGCUCCUGCGGCGGGGGAGGCUGAAGAGGAACCUCUCUGCCGCCGCCUCCGCGCCCGCCGCCGCUGCCCCCGCCGCCUCGCUGGGCACCCGCAGCUUGGACAGGAAAGCGCUGCUGCUGAAGCCGCCCCGGCAGCUGCAGCCCCUGCAGCCCCCGGAGCGGGACUGGGUGCGGCGGGACCUGCAGCGGGGCUGCGUCCACGUCUACGAGCGCCACAUGAACUGCUACCUGCGGCCGGUGCUCUGCACCCUGGAGACCACGGCGGCCGAGGUGGCCGCCCGGCUGCAGCAGCUCGGCCACCGGGGCGGCAGCAGCGUGGUGCGGGUGCUGGGCAAGGCGGGCGCGCCGCCGCAGCCCCCGCCCGAGCCGGCGGCGGCUCCCGCCGAGGCGCCGCCCGAGCCGGUGGCGGAGGGGCAGCGGCCGCAGCCGGAGGAGAGGCCGAGGAGCCGGCGGGGGACGCGGAGCGGGCUGGCCGGAGGAGCCUGCGGGGAAGCGGCGCGGCCCGGCCGCUUGCCACUGGGCGGCAGCGCCGAGGAGAGUGACUUGGCCGGCGGCCGGCCGAGCCCGGCGCCCUCCGACUUCAGCCCCGGGGCGCCGCCGGCCGACCUGUACCUGGCGGGGCCGCCGCUCUCCUGCCCCUCCCUCCUGGGAGAGCUGGGGCCGGCCGGCUCCGACACCGAGAGCUUCAGCCCCAGCGCCGAGAGCGUCUCCGACCGGCUGGAUCCCUACAGCAGCGGCGGCGGCGGCGGCUCGUCCUCCUCGGAGGAGCUGGAGGUGGAGCCGGUGGUGCCCCCCGACGGGGUGGAAGCAGGCGCGGGGCCGGGCCGGGGCCCCCCCUGCCCAGGGGAGCUGCCCCCGGGGCGGGCAGGUGGGGCGCCGGCCGGCGCGGCCGGCGGGCGGGAGCUGCCGGCGGGGGCCGCGCCGCCGGGGCCGCCCGCCCUGUACGUGCAGCUCCACGGGGAGACCAGCCGGCGGCUGGAGGCCCACGAGAAGCCGCUGCAGAUCCAGAACGACUACCUCUCCCAGCUGGGCUUCCGGGACCUGUGGCGGGUGCAGGAGGAGGGCAUGGACUCGGAGACCGGCUGCCUCAUACGCUUCUACGCCGGAAAGCCCCACAGCAUUGGCAGCUCCGAACGGAUUCAGCUCUCAGGAAUGUACAAUGUUCGAAAAGGGAAAAUACAUUUGCCAGUCAACAGAUGGACAAGACGCCAAGCUAUCCUUUGUGGAACAUGCCUAAUUGUCUCAUCAGUAAAAGAAAGCCAGACUGGGAAGAUGCAUGUCCUCCCUUUAAUUGGUGGAAAAGUGGAAGAAGUGAAAAAGCACCAGCACUGUUUAGCAUUUAGCUCCUCUGGACCUCAAAGCCAGACCUACUACAUUUGUUUUGAUAACUUCACUGAAUAUUUGCGAUGGCUUCGACAAGCAUCAAAGGUUGCAUCACAACGCAUAAGCUCAGUGGAUCUUUCAUGCUGCAGCCUGGAGCACCUGCCUGCCAACUUGUUUUAUAGCCAAGACCUCACUCAUCUCAAUUUAAAGCAGAACUUCCUGAGGCUAAACCCUAGCCCAUCCACAAGUAGAGCGCUCAGUGACUUACAAAGAUUUACCAAGUUGAAGAGCCUUAACCUUUCCAAUAAUAACUUAGGAGACUUCCCACUGGCAGUCUGCAGUAUCCCAACCCUGACUGAACUCAACGUGUCCUGCAAUGCCCUCAGAAGCGUUCCAGCAGUUGUAGGCGAGAUGCACAACUUGCAGACAUUUUUGCUGGAUGGCAACUUUCUCCAGUCCCUUCCUGAUGAAUUAGAGCAUAUGCAUCAGCUCAGCUAUGUGAGCCUGUCCUUCAAUGAGUUCACCAGCAUUCCAGGGGUGCUGGAGAAGCUGACUGCCAUGGAUAAGCUCUGUAUGUCAGGAAACUGCAUGGAUACCCUCAACCUUCAGGUGUUAAAAAGGAUGCCUCACAUUAAACAUGUGGAUCUAAGAUUGAAUUCAAUUAGGAGAUUGGAGGCUGAUGAAAUAGAUUUUCUGCAUCAUGUGACCCAACUGGAUCUCAGAGACAACAAACUUGGGGAGCUGGAUGCAACAGUUUUUAACAAUGUCGAAGUGUUACACUGUGAACGGAAUCAACUGGUAACCCUCAAAAUCAGUGGAUAUUUUCUCAAAGCGCUGUACGCUUCCUCAAAUGAACUUGUUCACCUUGAUGUGUAUCCAGUUCCUAAUUGCCUGGCUUAUAUGGAUAUUUCUAGAAAUCACCUGGAAAACCUGCCUGAGUGGGUAUGUGACAGUAGGAAACUGGAAGUGUUGGAUGUUGGCCACAAUCAGAUAUGUGAGCUGCCUGCCCGGUUGUUUUACAAUAGUAGCUUGCGUAAGCUGCUGGCAGGACAUAACAUGUUAGGAAGGCUACCAGAUCGGCUCGAGCGAACACAAGUGGAGGUCCUGGACGUGCAACACAACCAGCUCCUAGAACUGCCAUCUAACCUGCUUUUGAAAGCAGACAGCCUGAGAUUUCUUAAUGCCUCUGCCAACAAACUGGAAAUGCUUCCUCCAGCCACUCUUUCUGAAGAAACCCAUAGCAUCUUACAGGAGUUGUAUUUGACCAACAACAACCUCACAGAUAAAUGCGUACCCUUGUUAACAGGCCAUCCACACCUGAAAAUCUUGCACAUGGCUUACAAUCGCCUACAGAGCUUCCCUGCGAGCAAAAUGGCCAAGCUGGAAGAGUUGGAGGAAAUUGAUAUUAGUGGGAACAAACUGAAAGCCAUUCCAACAACCAUCAUGAACUGCAGACGUAUGCAUACUGUAAUUGCUCACUCCAACUGCAUCGAAGUCUUCCCAGAAGUCAUGCAGCUUUCUGAAAUAAAGUGCGUGGACCUAAGCUGCAAUGAACUGAGUGAAAUCACAUUGCCUGAAAACCUGCCUCCAAAACUACAAGAGCUGGACCUGACUGGAAAUCCCAGAUUAGCCUUGGAUCACAAAAGUCUCGAGCUGCUGAACAAUAUCCGUUGCUUCAAGAUCGACCAGCCCUCAGCCGGCGAUGCCUCAGGAGCGCCGGCGGUGUGGAGUCACGGUUACACAGAAGCGUCGGGGGUUAAGAACAAGCUGUGUGUGGCAGCGCUGUCGGCCAAUAACUUCUGCGACAACCGGGAGGCACUUUAUGGUGUUUUUGAUGGUGACCGCAACGUGGAAGUGCCGUAUCUGCUGCAGUGCACAAUGAGCGACAUCUUAGCAGAAGAGCUGCAGAAAACAAAAAAUGAGGAGGAAUACAUGAUCAACACUUUCAUCGUUAUGCAGAGGAAACUUGGAACAGCUGGACAAAAACUUGGAGGCUCUGCUGUCCUUUGCCAUAUAAAACAUGAUCCCAUGGACCCUGGUGGAUGCUUCACGCUAACCUCAGCAAACGUGGGGAAGUGCCAAACCGUUCUCUGCCGGAAUGGGAAACCUCUGCCUUUGUCCAGGUGUUACAUGAUGAGUUGUGAAGAAGAGCUGAAGAGGAUUAAGCAGCAUAAGGCCAUUAUCACAGAGGAUGGCAAAGUGAAUGGUGUGACGGAUUCAACAAGAAUCUUGGGGUACACCUUCCUUCACCCAAGUGUUGUGCCGCGUCCUCAUGUCCAGUCCAUCACCUUAACUCCACAAGAUGAGUUCUUCAUUCUGGGGAGCAAGGGGCUGUGGGACAGCCUCUCAAUGGAUGAAGCAGUGGAGGCAGUCAGAAAUGUGCCUGAUGCGCUGGCAGCCGCGAAGAAGCUUUGCACUUUGGCCCAGAGUUACGGCUGCAACGACAGCAUCAGCGCUGUCGUGGUUCAGCUCAACGUGACGGAGGACAGCUUCUGCUGCUGUGAACUUAACGGGGUCCCACCCCCCAGCCCAGGCAUUUUCCCCCAGUCUGUCAACGUGGUCAUCAAGGACAGGCCAACAGAUGCACUUGGGAUGCCGUCUUCGAGCAGUGGCAUGGCUUCGGAGAUCAGCAGCGAGAUCUCCACCUCUGAAAUGAGCAGUGAGGUGGGGUCCACGGCUUCUGACGAGCCUCCCCAGGUAGCCAUGAACGAGAACAGCCCAGCUUACCCGGGGGAACAGCGCUGCAUGCUGCACCCCAUCAGCCUGUCCAAUUCUUUCCAACGGCAGCUCUCCAGCGCCACCUUCUCCAGCGCCUUCUCCGACAAUGGCCUUGACAGUGACGAUGAGGAGCCGAUUGAGGGGGUGUUCACCAACGGCAGCCGCGUGGAAGUGGAGGUGGACAUCCACUGCAGCCGAGCAAAGGAGAAGCAGUUUCUCCAAGUGCCAGUGGAAGCCAGCGACGAAGGUAUCGUCAUCAGUGCCAAUGAAGAUGAGCCCGGCCUUCCCAGGAAAGCUGAAUAUUCUGCCACAGGCACAAUAGGGCGCCGGCGGGGUAACGGUUCUGUGGCGCCACAAGAGAGGAGCCAUAACUUAAUUGAAGUUGCAACGGAUGCGCCGCUCAGAAAAACAGGGGGCUACUUCGCUGCUCCAGCGCAGCCCGAUCCUGACGACCAGUUCAUCAUCCCACCGGAGCUUGAAGAAGAAGUCAAGGAGAUUAUGAAGCAGCACCAGGAGCAACAACAGCAGCAGCAGCAGCGGCAGUAUCCGAUGGACCACCUGGCAGACUAUUAUGAUACACCACUAUGACCCACUCUAUUUACUGCUCAGAAAUAAACUAACAAACAAGGAGACUUGAGUGCGGGACCCAGUGGGCUCGCAGUACAGCAGGGGUUUUCCUUAUCCUUUUCCUUUAUAUACUUCCUUUUCCUUAUCCUGCCACUACAGAUAACUGCAGCUUUUCAGUUUGUUAGGUUUAAUAUUCAUUGACUUUCUUCUAGAGACGCUUGACCGGUAAAGUUUAAAAUAGUUAACCUUCCCGUAACAUAUCAAGUGUAAAAAUAAAAAAAUAAUAAAAAAAAAAUAAAAAGGUUUAAUAUAUUGCUGAGAAACAGAUGAUGAUGUAAUAUUUUUUAAAAUGGCUUGUUUGUUUUGUUUGAAAAGCAGGGCAGUAGCCAGUGCUAAAUGAUUUAAGUAAUAUUGUAAUACUGUAUUUCUUUGAGAGAAAAGGCUUUUUUUUGGUCUUGAAAAUGAUAGACAUUUGUAGAAUAUGGAGACUAACUCCUAGGAGUUGCUUUACUCUUUCAGGUGACUUAAGUCACUGAGAUUCACUAAUUUUCUCUGAGAGAACAGUUGAUUGGGGAAUUCCUGUAAAUAGCUCAGUGUUGUAUAGUGACGCUUACAUGUUUUGUAGCCUUGGCAUUAAGGACACAACCUGAAAAACUGACCUUUUUUCUUAAGUGACUCUUUGGGCCAUGGUCAUUGAGCGUAACAGACUGAGUGGCUGUGUACAAGUUAGCUAGAGCUGAGAUGGUGUAGACCAUUUAAAGAAACCCACUUUUUCCUCUGGUUUCUUUCUUUCCUUACUUUUACAGACACAUUUUGUUUGUGUUCCUUACUGCUGCCACAACCAGCAUGAUUGUAUAGAGCUCAUUUGCUGUAGAACAUUUACAUACCAAGAGUUAUAUUAAAGCCGAAUGCACAAAUGAACAUGUCAUAAUUUUUGUUAUAAUAAAUAUGAAAUUUACACCUGAUGUCUGCUUUUAUAUCUGAAUAGCUGAGCAGCAGCUUUCAAACAGUAGCUUGCUGUGGUUCAUCAGCGUGCUGCUCAGUUUAAACAAAGAAGCGUUGAAACUUUUUAGGCUCGAUCACAUUUUUACACUAGCUGCAGAAGCUCACGUGUAUUUUAGAAUUUAAAGGCCACACAAAAUGGCCUUUAAAAGAUUCGAAACAACUCUCUGAGGAGUUGACCUGCUUCUUUUUUUCUUUCUCAGUACUAAUUUAGCACUAUUGAUUUGCCCUUUGCCACAGUAUUGACAUGCCAGAAGACUGAAGAGGAGCGGUGCUCUGGCUCUGUCCCACUGGGACCGCGUAACUGAAGAUAGAAAUGAUGAAGGGAUAGUGCGGGCUAAGAAAAGGGAGAAAGAAAACAUUGGAUAUGGAAAGAAGAGGGGAAAACAGAGAAGGUGAAAAAGUGAACUCAAAAGCUGCCUACGUAAACUCACAUUUGCUCGAAUGCGUUGAAUGAACAUGAGUUCAAUGGCAGUUUGACUUUAGUAGCAAAAGGGUGGUUUUUGUGAUUCCUGUGGGAAAGGAGCAACACCCUUUUUCAAUAUUGCCUCCAACCAACUACUCCAUUUUACUUGUCACUGUUUAAAAAGCUGGAUUAGUGCGUAAUCACAAGAGUGUCUUCGUCCUGCUUGACAUUUGGUCUGUAUUUUGGGAGAGGACUCUGCUAACAGGCUGUUGUCCUUAUUCUAUUCUAGGGUGAAAUAGCCAAGUUAGGACAAGAUUGCUGUUAACAAGAGAUUUUGAGUUUCUUCUCUUUAAAUAGUAACAGUAGAGGAGCAAACAUAAAAAUACCUGGUUU